CUGGCCCUUCUCCCAGCAGCACGGCCUCAGAGCUUGUUAUGCCAAACAGAGAAUCUGGAAGAGAACUUCAGCGGAAACUGGUUUCGAAAAAACGAUGAAAUGAAAGCUAUGGAUGUUCUGCCAAUUUUAAAGGAAAAAGUUGCAUACCUUUCAGGUGGCAGAGAUAAGCGCGGAGGCCCCAUCCUCACGUUCCCGGCCCGCAGCAAUCAUGACAGAAUACGACAGGAGGACCUCCGGAGGCUCAUUUCCUACCUGGCCUGCAUCCCCAGUGAAGAAGUCUGCAAGCGAGGCUUCACGGUGAUCGUGGACAUGCGUGGUUCCAAGUGGGACUCCAUCAAGCCUCUGCUGAAGAUCCUGCAGGAGUCCUUCCCCUGCUGCAUCCACGUCGCACUGAUCAUCAAGCCGGACAACUUCUGGCAGAAACAGAGGACUAAUUUUGGCAGCUCUAAGUUUGAAUUUGAGACAAACAUGGUCUCUUUAGAAGGCCUUACCAAAGUAGUCGACCCUUCUCAGCUAACUCCCGAGUUUGACGGCUGCUUGGAGUACAACCAUGAGGAAUGGAUUGAAAUCAGAGUUGCUUUUGAAGAUUACAUUAGCAACGCCACCCACAUGCUGUCCCGGCUGGAGGAGCUUCAGGACAUCCUGGCCAAGAAGGAGUUGCCUCAGGAUUUGGAGGGGGCUCGGAACAUGAUCGAGGAGCAUUCCCAGCUGAAGAAGAAGGUGAUUAAGGCCCCCAUCGAGGACUUGGACUUGGAGGGACAGAAGCUGCUCCAGAGGAUCCAGAGCAGCGACAGCUUUCCCAAAAAGAACUCAGGGUCAGGCAACGCGGACCUGCAGAGCCUCUUACCCAAGGUGUCCGCCAUGCUGGACCGGCUGCACUCCACGCGGCAGCAUCUGCAUCAGAUGUGGCACGUGCGGAAGCUGAAGCUGGACCAGUGCUUUCAGCUGCGGCUGUUUGAACAGGAUGCUGAGAAGAUGUUUGACUGGAUCACACACAACAAGGGCCUGUUUCUGAACAGCUACACUGAGAUUGGGACCAGCCACCCUCACGCUAUGGAGCUUCAGACGCAGCACAACCACUUUGCUAUGAACUGUAUGAACGUGUAUGUCAACAUAAACCGGAUCAUGUCGGUGGCCAAUCGCUUGGUGGAGUCCGGCCACUACGCCUCUCAGCAGAUCAAGCAGAUCGCCAACCAGCUGGAGCAGGAGUGGAAGGCGUUCGCCGCGGCGCUGGACGAGCGCAGCACCCUGCUGGACAUGUCCUCCAUUUUCCACCAGAAGGCUGAGAAGUACAUGAGCAACGUGGACUCGUGGUGCAAGGCCUGCGGAGAGGUGGACCUGCCCUCAGAGCUGCAGGACCUGGAGGACGCCAUCCACCACCACCAGGGCAUAUACGAGCACAUCACCCUGGCGUAUUCCGAGGUGAGCCAGGAUGGGAAGUCGCUGCUCGACAAGCUCCAGCGGCCCCUGACCCCCGGCAGCUCCGAUUCCCUGACAGCCUCGGCCAACUACUCCAAGGCCGUGCACCACGUGCUUGACGUCAUCCACGAGGUGCUGCACCACCAGCGGCAGCUGGAGAACAUCUGGCAGCACCGCAAGGUGCGGCUCCACCAGCGGCUGCAGCUGUGCGUUUUCCAGCAGGACGUCCAGCAGGUGCUGGACUGGAUCGAGAACCAUGGGGAAGCAUUUCUGAGCAAACAUACAGGUGUGGGGAAAUCUCUCCAUCGGGCCAGAGCUCUGCAGAAACGGCAUGAAGAUUUUGAAGAAGUGGCACAGAACACAUACACCAAUGCGGACAAGUUGCUAGAGGCCGCGGAGCAGCUGGCGCAGACGGGGGAAUGUGACCCCGAAGAGAUUUAUCAGGCCGCCCAUCAGCUCGAAGACCGGAUCCAGGACUUUGUUCGGCGUGUUGAGCAACGGAAGAUCCUACUGGACAUGUCAGUGUCCUUUCACACGCACGUGAAAGAGCUGUGGACAUGGCUGGAGGAGCUGCAGAAGGAGCUGCUGGACGACGUGUACGCCGAGUCGGUGGAGGCCGUGCAGGACCUCAUCAAGCGGUUCGGCCAGCAGCAGCAGACGACCCUGCAAGUGACCGUCAACGUGAUCAAGGAAGGGGAGGACCUCAUCCAGCAGCUGAGGGACUCGGCCAUCUCCAACAACAAGACCCCCCACAACAGCUCCAUCAGCCACAUCGAGACGGUGCUGCAGCAGCUGGACGAGGCGCAGGCCCAGAUGGAGGAGCUGUUCCAGGAGCGCAAGAUCAAGCUGGACCUCUUCCUGCAGCUGCGCAUCUUCGAGAGGGACGCCAUCGACAUCAUCUCAGACCUUGAGUCUUGGAACGAUGAGCUUUCUCAGCAAAUGAAUGACUUUGACACGGAAGACCUCACAAUAGCGGAACAGCGCCUCCAGCACCACGCAGACAAAGCCCUGACCAUGAACAACCUGACCUUCGAUGUCAUCCACCAGGGGCAGGACCUCCUGCAGUACGUCAAUGAAGUACAGGCCUCUGGCGUGGAGCUGCUUUGCGAUAGAGACGUGGACAUGGCUACGCGGGUCCAGGACUUGUUGGAGUUUCUUCACGAAAAGCAGCAGGAGCUGGACUUGGCCGCAGAGCAGCAUCGGAAGCACCUGGAGCAGUGUGUGCAGCUGCGCCACCUGCAGGCGGAGGUGAAGCAGGUGCUGGGCUGGAUCCGCAAUGGCGAGUCGAUGCUGAACGCCGGGCUCAUCACGGCCAGCUCGCUGCAGGAGGCGGAGCAGCUGCAGCGGGAGCACGAGCAGUUCCAGCACGCCAUCGAGAAAACACACCAGAGCGCGCUGCAGGUGCAGCAGAAGGCAGAGGCCAUGCUGCAGGCCAACCACUACGACAUGGACAUGAUCCGGGACUGCGCCGAGAAGGUGGCCUCGCACUGGCAGCAGCUCAUGCUCAAGAUGGAAGACCGCCUGAAGCUGGUGAACGCGUCCGUCGCCUUCUACAAAACCUCGGAGCAGGUCUGCAGUGUCCUCGAGAGCCUGGAGCAGGAGUACAAGAGAGAAGAGGACUGGUGUGGAGGAGCCGACAAACUGGGCCCCAAUUCCGAGACGGAUCACGUCACCCCGAUGAUCAGCAAGCACCUUGAACAAAAGGAAGCGUUCCUGAAGGCUUGCACGCUCGCCAGGAGGAAUGCAGACGUCUUCCUGAAGUACCUGCACAGGAACAGUGUGAGCAUGCCGGGCAUGGUGACGCACGUCAAGGCCCCGGAGCAGCAAGUGAAAAAUAUCUUGAAUGAACUCUUCCAGCGGGAGAACAGGGUAUUGCAUUACUGGACCAUGAGGAAGAGGCGGCUGGACCAGUGCCAGCAGUACGUGGUCUUUGAACGAAGUGCCAAGCAGGCUCUAGAAUGGAUCCAUGACAACGGGGAGUUCUACCUGUCCACGCACACCUCCACGGGCUCGAGCAUCCAGCACACCCAGGAGCUGCUGAAGGAGCACGAGGAGUUCCAGAUAACCGCCAAGCAAACCAAAGAGAGGGUGAAGCUGUUGAUCCAGCUGGCUGACGGCUUUUGUGAAAAGGGCCAUGCCCACGCGGCAGAGAUAAAGAAAUGUGUCACUGCCGUGGAUAAGCGGUACAGAGACUUCUCUCUGCGGAUGGAGAAGUACAGGACCUCUUUGGAGAAAGCCCUGGGGAUUUCUUCAGAUUCCAACAAAUCGAGUAAGAGUCUUCAGCUGGACAUCAUCCCAGCCAGCAUCCCGGGGUCGGAGGUGAAGCUGCGCGACGCCGCACACGAGCUUAACGAGGAGAAACGGAAGUCUGCCCGCAGGAAAGAGUUCAUAAUGGCUGAGCUAAUUCAAACUGAAAAGGCUUAUGUCAGGGACCUCCGGGAGUGUAUGGAUACCUACCUGUGGGAAAUGACCAGCGGAGUGGAGGAGAUCCCGCCCGGCAUCGUGAACAAGGAGCUCAUCAUUUUCGGGAACAUGCAGGAGAUCUACGAGUUCCAUAACAACAUAUUCCUGAAGGAGCUGGAAAAAUACGAGCAGUUGCCGGAGGACGUGGGGCAUUGCUUUGUUACUUGGGCAGACAAGUUUCAGAUGUACGUCACUUACUGCAAAAAUAAGCCUGAUUCCACUCAGCUGAUAUUAGAGCACGCAGGGUCCUACUUUGAUGAGAUCCAGCAGCGGCACGGGUUAGCCAAUUCCAUCUCCUCCUACCUUAUUAAACCAGUGCAGCGCAUAACCAAGUACCAGCUCCUUUUAAAAGAGCUCCUCACGUGCUGUGAGGAAGGCAAAGGGGAGAUCAAAGACGGCCUGGAGGUGAUGCUCAGCGUGCCCAAGCGAGCCAACGACGCCAUGCACCUCAGCAUGCUGGAAGGGUUUGAUGAAAAUAUCGAGUCUCAGGGAGAACUCAUCCUGCAGGAAUCCUUCCAAGUGUGGGACCCAAAAACCUUAAUUCGAAAGGGUCGAGAACGGCAUCUCUUCCUUUUUGAAAUGUCCUUAGUAUUUAGUAAAGAAGUGAAAGAUUCCAGUGGGAGAAGCAAGUACCUUUAUAAAAGCAAAUUGUUUACCUCAGAGUUGGGUGUCACAGAACAUGUUGAAGGAGAUCCCUGCAAAUUUGCACUGUGGGUCGGGAGGACGCCAACUUCAGAUAAUAAAAUUGUCCUUAAGGCUUCCAGCAUCGAAAACAAGCAGGACUGGAUAAAGCACAUCCGGGAGGUGAUCCAGGAGAGGACCAUCCACCUGAAAGGCGCCCUGAAGGAGCCCAUUCACAUCCCCAAGACAGCCCCGGCCGCGCGGCACAAGGGCAGGCGGGACGGAGAGGAUCUGGACAGCCAAGGCGACGGCAGCAGCCAGCCCGACACGAUCUCGAUCGCCUCCCGGACGUCGCAGAACACACUGGACAGCGAUAAGCUCUCCGGCGGCUGCGAGCUGACGGUGGUGAUCCACGACUUCACCGCCUGCAACAGCACCGAGCUGACCAUCCGUCGCGGACAGACCGUGGAGGUGCUGGAGCGGCCCCACGACAAGCCCGACUGGUGCCUGGUGCGGACCACCGACCGGUCCCCCGCGGCAGAAGGCCUGGUGCCCUGCGGCUCGCUGUGCAUCGCGCACUCACGGAGCAGCAUGGAGAUGGAGGGCAUCUUCAACCACAAAGACUCGCUGUCCGUCUCCAGUAACGAUGCCAGCCCGCCUGCCUCCGUGGCCUCCCUUCAACCCCACAUGAUGGGGGCCCAGAGCUCCCCAGGCCCCAAGCGCCCAGGCAACACGCUGCGCAAGUGGCUGACGAGCCCGGUGCGGCGGCUGAGCAGCGGCAAGGCCGACGGGCACGUGAAGAAGCUGGCGCACAAGCACAAGAAGAGCAGGGAGGUCCGCAAGAGCACCGACGCCGGCUCGCAGAAGGACUCGGACGACAGCGCGGCCACCCCGCAGGACGAGACCGUGGAAGAGAGAGGCCGGAACGAGGGCCUGAGCAGCGGCACGCUCUCCAAGUCCUCCUCCUCGGGCAUGCAGAGCUGCGGAGAGGAAGAAGGGGAGGAGGGGGCCGAUGCCGUGCCCCUGCCCCCGCCCAUGGCCAUCCAGCAGCACAGCCUGCUCCAGCCGGACUCGCAGGACGACAAGGCCUCUUCUCGGUUGUUAGUCCGCCCCACCAGCUCCGAAACGCCGAGUGCAGCCGAGCUUGUCAGUGCAAUUGAGGAACUCGUGAAAAGCAAGAUGGCGCUGGAGGAUCGUCCCAGCUCCCUCCUCGUUGACCAGGGAGACAGCAGCAGCCCCUCCUUCAACCCUUCAGACAACUCGCUUCUCUCCUCCUCCUCGCCGAUCGACGAGAUGGAAGAAAGGAAGUCCAGCUCCCUAAAGAGGCGGCACUACGUUUUGCAAGAAUUAGUGGAGACAGAGCGUGACUACGUGCGGGACCUCGGCUAUGUGGUAGAGGGCUACAUGGCACUUAUGAAAGAAGAUGGUGUUCCUGAUGACAUGAAAGGAAAAGACAAGAUUGUAUUUGGCAACAUCCAUCAGAUUUAUGACUGGCACAGAGACUUUUUUUUAGGGGAGCUGGAGAAGUGCCUUGAAGACCCAGAAAAGCUCGGAUCCCUCUUUGUGAAACAUGAGAGAAGGUUGCACAUGUACAUAGUUUACUGUCAGAAUAAACCGAAGUCUGAGCACAUUGUCUCAGAAUACAUUGACACCUUUUUUGAGGACUUAAAGCAGCGCCUUGGCCAUAGGUUGCAACUCACAGAUUUAUUAAUCAAACCGGUGCAGAGAAUUAUGAAAUACCAGCUGUUACUAAAGGACUUCCUCAAGUACUCCAAGAAAGCCAGCCUGGACACGUCUGAACUAGAGAGAGCCGUGGAGGUCAUGUGCAUCGUGCCGAAGCGGUGCAACGACAUGAUGAACGUCGGGCGGCUGCAGGGAUUCGACGGUAAAAUUGUUGCCCAGGGCAAGCUGCUCCUGCAGGACACGUUCUUGGUCACAGACCAGGACGCAGGGCUCCUGCCUCGCUGCCGAGAGCGGCGGGUGUUCCUCUUCGAGCAGAUCGUCAUCUUCAGCGAGCCGCUGGACAAGAAGAAGGGCUUCUCCACUCCGGGCUUCCUGUUCAAGAACAGCAUCAAGGUGAGUUGCCUUUGCCUGGAGGAAAGUGUGGAAAACGACCCCUGUAAAUUUGCUCUGACAUCGAGGACGGGCGAUGUGGUGGAGACCUUCGUUUUGCAUUCAUCCAGUCCAAGUGUCCGGCAGACGUGGAUCCAUGAAAUCAACCAGAUUUUAGAAAACCAGCGCAAUUUUUUAAAUGCCUUGACAUCACCCAUCGAGUAUCAGAGGAACCACACCCAGCCCGUCCGACACCACUCCCCCGUGCUGGUCUCCUCUGCAGCCUCCAGCCAGGCAGAGGCAGACAAGAUGUCAGGUAUGUCCACUCCCGGCCCUUCACUGCCUCCUCCCAGCAGCAGCCUCAGCCUGGAGGCCGGCCCCAGCCAGCCCGGCAGGCUCCCCCCCAGCGGCCCGUCUGAAGGUCCUGAGAGAGAAGCGGAGCAGAUCCCCAAGAUGAAGGUGAUCGAGAGCCCCAGGAAGUCGGCCGGGAGCGCUGCAGGGGCCAGCCAGGACGGAAAUGCCAAGGAGGCCAAGGAGGCGCGGGCCCACCCGGAGGACGGCCGCUCGCGGAGCAGCCUGGGCUCCCUGCCCCUGGGAAAGCCCCGGCCCGGGGCCAUCUCGCCGCUGAACUCUCCUCUCGCCACCGUGUUCCCUUCUCCACUGGGCAAGGAGCCCUUCCCGCCCAGCAGCCCCCUGCAGAAGGGGGGCUCCUUCUGGAGCUCCAUCCCCGCCUCCCCCGCCAGCCGGCCGGGCUCCUUCACCUUCCCGGGGGACAGUGACUCCCUCCAGCGGCAGGCGCACCGCCACUCGGCCCCCGGCAAAGACACGGACCGCAUGAGCACGUGCUCCUCGGCCAGCGAGCAGUCCGUGCAGUCCACCCAGAGCAAUGGGAGUGAAAGUAGCAGCAGUAGCAACAUCUCCACCAUGUUGGUGACACACGAUUACACGGCAGUGAAGGAGGAUGAGAUCAACGUCUAUCAAGGAGAGGUCGUUCAGAUUCUGGCCAGCAACCAGCAGAACAUGUUUCUGGUGUUCCGCGCCGCCACGGACCAGUGCCCCGCCGCCGAGGGCUGGAUUCCGGGCUUCGUCCUGGGGCACACCAGCGCAGUCAUCAUGGAGAGCCCCGACGGGACCCUCAAGAAGUCAACAUCUUGGCACACAGCACUCCGUUUAAGAAAAAAAUCUGAGAAAAAAGAUAAAGACGGCAAACGGGAAGGCAAGUUAGAGAACGGUUAUCGGAAGUCACGGGAAGGACUUGGCAACAAGGUAUCUGUGAAGCUUCUCAGUCCCAACUACAUUUAUGACGUUCCCCCAGAAUUCGUCAUUCCCUUGAGUGAGGUCACGUGUGAGGCAGGGGAGACCGUGGUUCUCAGAUGUCGCGUUUGUGGACGCCCAAAGGCCUCGAUCACCUGGAAGGGCCCUGAGCACAACACCUUGAACAACGACGGCCACUACAGCAUCUCCUACAGUGACUUGGGAGAGGCCUCUCUGAAGAUCGUGGGCGUGACCACCGAUGACGACGGCAUCUACACGUGCAUCGCUGUGAACGACAUGGGAUCGGCCUCCUGCUCGGCCAGCCUGAGGGUUCUAGGUCCAGGGAGCGACGGGAUCCUGGUGACCUGGAAGGACAACUUCGACUCCUUCUACAGCGAAGUGGCCGAGCUGGGCAGGGGCAGAUUCUCUGUCGUUAAGAAAUGUGAUCAGAAGGGAACCAAGCAAACAGUGGCCACCAAAUUUGUGAACAAGAAGCUGAUGAAGCGCGACCAGGUCACCCACGAGCUUGGCGUCCUGCGGAACGUCCAGCACCCGCUCCUCGUCGGCCUCCUCGACACCUUCGAGACCCCCACCAGCUACGUCCUGGUUUUGGAAAUGGCUGACCAGGGGCGACUCCUGGACUGCGUGGUGCGAUGGGGAAACCUCACCGAAGGGAAGAUCAGGGCGUACCUGGGGGAGGUGCUGGAGGCCGUCCGAUACCUUCACAACUGCAGGAUCGCACACCUGGACCUCAAGCCCGAAAACAUCCUGGUGGGUCAGAGUUCAGCCACGCCGACGAUUAAACUGGCCGACUUUGGAGAUGCUGUCCAACUCAAUACCACCUACUACAUCCACCAGUUACUGGGGAACCCCGAGUUCGCAGCCCCCGAAAUCAUCCUGGGGAACCCGGUCUCCCUGACCUCGGACACGUGGAGUGUUGGAGUGCUCACCUACGUCCUUCUCAGCGGCGUGUCUCCCUUCCUGGACGACAGCGUGGAAGAGACCUGCCUGAACAUUUGCCGACUAGACUUUAGUUUCCCAGAUGACUACUUUAAAGGAGUGAGCCAGAAGGCCAAGGACUUCGUGUGCUUCCUCCUGCAGGAGGACCCCGCCAGGCGUCCCUCGGCUGCGCUGGCCCUGCAGGAGCAGUGGCUGCAGGCGGGCCACGGCCACGGCAAAGGCACGGGCGUCCUCGACACGUCCAGACUGACCUCCUUCAUUGAGCGGCGCAAACACCAGAACGACGUUCGACCUAUCCGUAGCGUUAAAAACUUCCUGCAGAGCAGGCUUCUGCCUCGGGUUUGACCUGUCUUGAAGUUCUUUCUCAUUCUCUUUCACCUGCCAAUCAGCUGUUAAUUUGAAUUUCGGAGAGAAACACGAGCCAACAUAACUGCUCCGCUGCCGUAGUGCACCGUGUGGAGCCCGCACUCCGAGCGAGCUGGCUCGGGUGCGGGCGGCUGCCAGCCUGCUGGGUGGAGGACCUUCUCUCGCUCUGAGAGCCGAGACAGCAUUGCUGUGUCACAGUCUUUUAUUCAGGUUCCUGCAAAAAAUAAAAAAAAGAAACUUUUUUAAACGAACACACAUAGAAUUUUGCAAAUUUAACAUUUUACAAGACUUAUUCAAGGAAACGAAAUGCCUAUGUUCAACCACUGGUGUUAACGAACAAAACAGAGACACUGCCACCUCUGGGGAAGACGCACCCCAGCGGCGGCCGUCCCCGCACCUGCUGCGGAGCUUGGCGUCCACCUGGCUCCGAGCUUCCCAGCCACCUGGUCUGUGUGCGUCUCUCAGGGACGCCAGACUGGGCUUCUGAAAUGUGCAUUCAACCUCAAACUUUUGCAUAAAAAUAGAAUGAAUUGUUUUGCUCUGAUGAAAUGUAGGCCUUACUUGUAUAUAAGACUGGUCCUGCCUUCAGUCUGCCCUUAUCCGCCUCCCCCCUCUCUCCCCCCUCCGCCUUUCUCCCACUCCUGCCUGGGCUUCCUCUGGGGGCCAGAAGGUUCUGCCCAUCCACUGAGGACAUCAGGUUGGGCCCUACCCCAUUGCCCCGCCCCCAAGCCGUCAAUCAGAUUGUUGAGCAGUAUACAGUCAGAUGAAAAUACUGUAAAUGCACUCAUUGGGGUUUUUUUGGUUUUAUUUCAUAUCAUGUGCAAUGUUGUGGCUUUAACAUUUUAUGCAACUAUUUAUGAAGACCUCUGUUGUACCUGUAAUAAAUAUAUAGAAAAAGCACAUACUUCGUACGGUGAGCUUUAUGGUUUUGUGCGUGUGUCGGGUGGGGCGGGGGGGUUGGGGGGGUCGCAGCCCUGUGCCAUCCGUUCAGGAGACUUGACUCUUCGUGAAACUUGUCAGUUUUGAGGACUGUAAAAAGUGAUUUCAUACUCUGAAUAUAAAACUGGAUAAUAGGGUAAUGUUUUAAAAUGUAUUAUGCUAUUAUUCAGAAUGCCAAAGUAUUAUUUUUUUCCCCAAGAUCAGUCUGGACAUUUACUACUUUUUAGACUUUUUGACAUUCAACUUUCUGUACACAAAUUGGCUGGACUUGGAGCUUUUGGUAAGAAAUACAAGCCAAUUAAGCACUCGCAGCCUUGAGCUGGCGCCCCCUGCCUGUCACUGGGCAGAGUUAGCGCUGGUGUGGGGAGGCCUUCCACAAUAGACGCUGGGGUUCUGGGCACGCUUGAAUUUUUCUGGAUGUCUUUUUAUCUUUGUUGUGUGAAAUACACUAAAACAGAGGCCAGCCCGCUUCCCGAGCCAGCCAGACACCUGGGUCUUGAGCCAUAAAGUGGCGUAGCUAAGCUUUGCAGCUUCCAAUAUAUUUUAUUUAUUCUUUUGGGUUUUGUUUCUUGUAAAAUUGUACAGAAACUUUUUAAAAUAAAUUGGAUUCAGAACUGGAUGUGUAUUCGUAACCUCACAACUUUUAUUUGUGUAUUGUUUCUUCUAUUAUUUCAGUUAAAUUUUUACAUUAUUUUGCAUGUAUAUUUCUUUGUACAGAGACCUUACAUGUUUACACAGUAUGAUGUGAUGUAAAUAUUUUAUUUUGCCAUCAGUUAUUUUAAAAAAUUAAACAUAUUUGCCUGAG